AUCACAGGGACGUCUACCUGCGGUGGUUACGAGGGCUCGUUGGGAUACGAGGAGAUCGAUGCCGCUACGUUCGCGAAAUGGGGUAUUGACUACCUCAAGUACGACAACUGCAACGUCCCCGAGGCGUGGUUUGACGACUGGAAGUACGUCCCCGAGCUCUGGCUCGGCGGCCCCCCCAACGAGAACCAGGACGACGGCCAACCGCUCAACUCCAAGACGGGCAAGCCCGCGCCCGCCGGGUACGACUGGUCAACGUCGCGGACGGCGGAGCGGUACCGCAUCAUGCGGGACGCGCUCCUCGCGCAGGACCGCUCGAUCCAGUACUCCCUCUGCGCAUGGGGCCACGCGCACGUCGAGGCCUGGGGCAACGAGACGGGCCACAGCUGGCGCAUGUGGGGGGACAUCUACCCGGCGUGGGACGGCCUUCACAAGGGAUCGUGGGGGGUGAUGCCGAUCCUGAACCACGCGGCGUUCUGGGGCGCAGGGAGCACCGGUUUCUGGGGCCGCGGCGACUGGGACAUGCUCGAGGUCGGCAACGGCGGGCUGACGCUCGAGGAGAGCCGGAGCCACUUUGCAUUCUGGGCGGCGCUCAAGAGCCCGCUCAUCAUCGGCACGCGGCUCGAGGGGAUCCGGCCCGAGGUGCUCGCCAUCCUGGCCAACCGGGAGCUCGUGCGGUUCAACCAGGACCCCGUGUUCGGCGGCGCCGCGCGGCCGUACAAGUGGGGCGUCAACCCGGAUGGGGCGUGGAACGCGACGCACCCGGCCGAGUUCUGGUCCGGCGCGUCCGUCGAGGGGACGCACGUGUUCGUGCUCAACACGCUCGCGGGCACGGCGGCCAAAACGGUCGCGUUCCAAGACGUGCCCGAGCUGCUGGAGGCAGGCCGGCGGCGGCGGUACGUCGUGCACGACAUGUGGACGGGAGAGGAUGUGGGCGUGUUCGAGAACGAGUACACGGUCGAGCUGGCGGGCCACGACACGGCGGCGUUGCGGAUCAACGAGGUUAGGUGUGUCGAGAGGCCGGCGCGCACGUGA